AUGCUCGUGCAAGAAUUUGAAACCAACAGGUCUGUUAUUGACAAGGCUAUCUAUGUGUUUCGAUUUUUUGGCAUCACCCAGGCAGAGUUUAUUCAAAAUGUUUCUAAAUCUGGUUUGCUUACUGUAGAAGAGAUGAUUCCUAUUCACGAGAAAUUUCUUGGAAUUGAUUCGCCUGCAUUGAAAUGGAAGCUAUCGAACAGGAAACCAGGAAAUAUCGACAGGUUUUCCAGAUUUUCUAGAAAGGCAAAGGAUCCUCUGAACACGUGGGGAUAUCAUGGCACGCCAGAUUGCCUCUGUUUUUCUGUUAAUAAAGAGGUGUCCUUGCUUGGUGUUCGCUUGUUUGGAGACCAAAAUGAGAGUAAGUAUCAUGUCACUUUUGAAGUUAAAGAGGCCAAAGUAACCGGAAGUUAUAUAUCUGAACGCAAUCAAGACGACAUUCCUGGUUUUGAUGUAAUGUUAAACGAACCCGUUAUCCUGAAGCAGAACGAAGUUGUUACUCUUUCUGCAACAAUGAAAGGGCCUAGAUCGUAUUAUGGUAAAAAUGGAUCACCUUCAGUUACACUCGAGGGGGUCACUGCGACAUUUGGUGACUCCCCGUCCACAAACAAUGGAACUUCUCCAGAUCGUGGACAAUUUGAUGAAAUAAUACUUGACAUUUGA